AUGAGAAAAGAGGUUCUUGAGAAGAUUCACCAUGGUCAUAUGGGAAUAGCUAAAUGCCGAGAGAGGGCAGCGCAGUCAGUGUGGUACCCACAGAUUGGGAAAGACAUAGAGGAAAGAGUGACAAAUUAUUGUCGACAGUGCUUGGAAGAGAGAGCAUCCCAUCCCAAAGAGCCUCUGCUUCCAACGCCACUUCCCAAUAGGCCAUUUGAGAAGGUAGCACUUGACCUGUUUGAACUGAAAGGUCGGUCGUUCGUUGUGGUCACCGACUACUAUUCACGUUAUCCAGAAAUUGGGUACUUUUGGUCGCCCAACCAGAAAGCCUCAACGUUAGUCACUAAACUGAAAAUCAUCUUUGCGAGACAUGGCAUCCCAGAGACAGUAGUCAGUGACAAUCAGACCAAUCUUACGUCACACGAAUUUCAACGAUUUGCCCAAGACUUGGGUUUCCAGCAUAUUACCAGUUCCCCACACUUUUCAUCUGGGAACGGAGCGGCAGAGUGCAGAGUCAAACUGUCCAAGCGUCUGUGA